AUGGAGAGAGAAGAAGACGAAUCGGUGAGCGAGCUUCUCAGAGAUCGAUUCCGACUCUCCACCAUCCAUAUCGCCGAAUCGGAAGCCAAGAGAAUCGGGAUGGAGAUAUCCGGACCAGUGAUGGCUUGUAUUUCCGACCUGGCCUUCAAAUUUACUGAACAAUUGGCAAAGGACCUGGAGUUAUUUACUCACCACGCUGGUCGUAAAUCUGCAAAUAUGGAAGAUGUCAUACUUUGUGCUCAUAGAAAUGAACAUCUAGCUGCCUUGUUGAGGUCCUACCGUGAUGAUCUGAAGGCUAAAGAACCUCAGUCUGACAGGAAGAGGAAGAAAGCAUUGAAGAAGGAUGACAGAGCACCUGAAGAUAUAGUCCCUAUUCCAGAUAACUAG